CGAAGAAGACCGUUUCCAUGGUAACUGAAGGACUCAAAGAUGGCGCCGGGAAAUCAGCAGAUUCUGUCCUCCACCCCCCUGCAGGUCCUCUUCUACCUGAACAGCUGGUACUUUGCAGCAUUCUACCUGGCAGAAGUCCUCAUGUUCAUCUAUAAAGGGGUUGUGCUGCCGUACCCGGCUGAUAACCUGGUGCUGGACGUGGUGCUGCUGCUGCUCAUCUUCCCCGGUCUGGAGAUCCUGCGGCUCUUUUACGGCUGGAAGGGGAACCUGUGCGAGCGCUCCCUGGCCCUGUGCGCCUCGCUGCUGGUGCUGCUGCCGUGCGCGGCGCUGGCCGUGUACUGCUUGCUGCUGCAGACCUUCGUGCUGCGGCUGGAGCUGAUCCUGAGCGCCGCGCUGCUCUGCUUCUAUGGCCUGGAGCUGCCGCUGGGCCUGCUGUCGCUGUCCGCCUUCUCCAGGUGGGCCGCUCGCCCCUGCCCCAGCCGCCGUCCUGCUGCUGCUGAUGUUCGCCACCGUGGUUCACUCUCCUUCUUCUUCUGCAGGUCCAAAGUGUACUGACCACCCGACCGCCCACAGACGCCACCUGGAACACAAUGCCCGAGUGUUUUUUCUUCUUUUUUUACACCACAUGUAAAUCUGUUUAUUUUUUUAAGGUAUCAACUCUGAUGUAAAAUUUUGUAAAUAAACAUUUUUGUAG